GUCAAGACGACAGACAGUGUUACGUUGCAGUACCAAAUAAUUGAACCCGUUUCUUAAAUCAACUGCCUCUUUGAGACUGUGAGAUGUCUUGAUUAUCUUUUGAGUCUCACGACCUCCAGAGUGUCAAUGCACUUUUAGCUUAGAUUUCUCCUAUUAAGAUCUGCUUCUUAGUAAGGGACCAGCAAAGGUUUAGCAGGGUUCUCCUGUUCUCUCCACACAUAAACAGACUAUAAAUACUCUUUGUGUCUAGGGUUCUGUUUCAUCUCUCUCUUGCAGCAAUGGAUUGUUGUGGCUUGACAUUCCCUCUUACACAACACCUACUGCGAUCCAGGCUGGCUCCCAGUCAAUAAGAUGUUUAAGUUCCUAGAACGUCAGCUCUCUUGUUUGUGCUCUCUUGGCAACUCCCAGACAUGACCACGCAAACAGAUCUGGGACCAGGCUAUAGCUGAACUUCCUGCCAGUCCAGAAGCAGUGGGUGUCGUUAUAUAUAUUACUCACAGAGGAGAAGAACGUGCAGUGUCGUAGGGACAUUGGGUUCAUACUCCGUGGGGCACCUUGUUGAUUCUCUUGAGCCGUGUGUUGAUACCCAGUGAUCUGUUAAUGAAGGGGAUAUCGUUUGGACACUGUUCUUUGUGAAACCCACAGAGGAUCAAUCGGGGAGGCUAACUCUCCCCCAGGAUGAAAAGGAGAAGUUUGAGCCCACAGUUUUUAGAGACACAAUUAUUCUGGGCCUCAACGAAGCAGGAGGGGACCUCGAUGCUGUAGCCAAGUUCCUGGACGUUACCGGGUCCCGACUCGACUACCGUCGCUAUGCGGACACUCUCUUCGACAUCCUCAUCGCGGGGAGCAUGCUCGCUCCCGGUGGGACGCGCAUUGACGAGGGGGACAAGACCAAGGUGACAGAACACUGUGUGUUUACCACCAAGGAGAACCAUGCCAACCUCCGCCACUAUGCUCAGGUUUUUAACAAGCUUAUCAGGAGGUACAAGUACCUGCAGAAUGCCUUCGAGGAGGAAAUCAAAAAGCUUCUACUGUUCCUGAAGGCAUUCAGCGAAUCAGAGCAGACCAAGCUGGCUAUGUUGACUGGUAUCCUAUUGGCUAACGGCACUCUGCCCCCACCCAUCCUCACCAGCCUCUUCAGUGACAAUGUUGUCAAGGAAGGUAUCUCUGCAUCCUUUGCGGUGAAGAUGUUCAAGGCUUGGAUAUCUGAGAAAGAUGCCAAUGUCGUCACCUCAGCCCUGAGGAAGGCUAACCUGGAUAAGAAACUCCUGGAGUUGUUUCCUGCCAACAAGCAGAACAUGGAGCACUUCUCAAAGUACUUCAAUGAGGCGGGGCUGAAGGAGCUGUCAGACUUUAUGCGUGUGCAGCAGUCUCAGGGAACACGCAAGGAGCUGCAGAAAGAACUGCAGGAGCGCCUCUCUCAGGACUGCCCCAUACGAGAGAUGGUGGUGUACGUGAAGGAGGAGAUGAAGAGGAGUGCUCUCCAGGAGCAGGCUGUGAUUGGUCUGCUGUGGAACAUUCUCAUGAAUGCUGUGGAGUGGAACAAGAAGGAGGAGUUGGUCACCAAGCAAGCCCUCAAACACCUUAAACACUAUGCCCCCUUGCUAGCAGCGUUCAGCACCCAGGGCCAGUCAGAGCUUGUGCUGCUACUGAGGAUCCAGGAGUACUGCUAUGACAAUAUCCACUUCAUGAAGUCCUUCUCCAAGAUAGUGGUGCUCUUCUACAAAGCUGAUGUGUUGAGUGAGGAGGCCAUUCUGAGGUGGUACAAAGACACUCACACCACCAAAGGGAAAGGUGUCUUUGUCGAGCAGAUGAAGAAGUUUGUUGAGUGGCUGCAAAAUGCAGAAGAAGAGUCCGAGUCUGAGGGAGAGGAGGACUAGCAGACCAACCCAACAAGGAGUCUAACUCUGAUGGCUGCUGCAUCCUGUGGCCUGUAUAUGUCAAUCAGCCUGUAGUCCCCAUCUCGUAUUUUUAGAAGAUUUGCUAGACUAUCAUAUUAAUGUGGUUCCUGGUACAUUCAAGAUAAAUACUUAUCCAGGCAUUGUAAGAAGUAUGAGAUAAUGUGUGCAGUGUGACUGCAAUAAAAAACGACCUGGAACACACCCAUCCAUAUUACCUAACCGACCAGGGGUCCUAGACUCCUCAGUCACAGUGCAACCCUCAGUGAAAAACCACGGGACCUCCCGACUCAACUUCAGGAGGAUAGGAGACGAGAUGUCAUCUAUCAAGACCACCCAUCUGUGAUAUUUAAGCUUUUUUGUUGUUUUUUAAGGAUUGGAGGUCAGUCAGUGAACUCCCUUUACCAAUGUUGUUCAGGUUUAGAGAGGAAGUCAAGACCUCAAUCUACAGUAGAUUGUCAUCCUUGUUUUAUGAAAACUCAACUUUGUGUAACUUGGCAAUGCUUGAAUCUGUUUAUUAAUAAAGUGUUUUCUAUGUAUUCACUGGUUUAGUAUUGUUUCUGUGUUGUAUUCUUAAAUAAACUUAAGUAAAUAAGG